GAAAAUUUAUUAAAGUUUGAUUUUACUUGAUUUUACUUGAUUUUACUUGAUUUUACUUCAAUAUUCUCCCCCAAAAGAGUCACAACGAUAGAAUUAUCUCGAUAUGGCUUUAACAAGGUCUUUUUCUGGUCCAGGUGGAUUAAGUAUUAAUACCAAUUCUGCCAAUUCUCUAUUUAGCGGCUCAGGAACGACACAGCCAUCAUCAGGAGGAAUGUUUGGAAGUACACAGGCUGCGAAGCCUUCGACAGGUCUUUUCGGCGCACCUGCAACCACGCCUGCUCCUCAAUCUGGUGGAUUAUUUGGUUCAACAACUUCAGCUGCUCCUGCUACCGGUGGUUUGUUUGGCUCAGCUCCCGCAGCAGCUACCUCUGCGCCGGCGACUGGUGGAUUGUUCGGUAACGCCAAUACUUCUCAACCGGCUUCAACUGGGGGUGGAUUGUUCGGUUCAACGACUGCUGCGACGACUGCUCCUGCAACGGGCGGGUUGUUCGGAUCUGCGACUACUAGCAAUAACCAGACUCAAGGGGCUACAGGUGGUGGAUUUGGAGGAGCUCAACCUAAUAAUCAGACAACUGGCGCAAAUACAGGUGGUGGAUUAUUUGGCGGUACUGCCUCAUCACAACCUGCGCAGAAUGGAGGUGGAUUGUUUGGAAAUUUAAACCAAGCAAAACCUGCAGCAUCUGGAGGUCUCUUUGGCGCAAGUCAACAAACUCAAACUCAAACUCAGACCCAACCACAGCAAACCUCCUCUCUUUUCGGCGCACCAGCUCAAAAUCAACCACAAGGCCAAACAAACAACAACAUGCUCGGGGGUAGUCGUCAUUUGGGUCAAUCCCAACAGCCUCAACUUGUUCCAGGCGUUCAAAUUGACCUUAGCCAAAUGCGCGGCACGACACGAUUCAACGACCUCAACGAAACCGUACAAAAACAAAUCGAACACUUUGAUCAAGUAAUUCAAGCUCAAAUAGCCAUGAAAAACGACUGCGAUGCCAUCAUGCCCCAACAUGGCAAGCUCCUUGAGCACGUUCCUAACGACGUCGAAUUUUGCCGGAGAAAAUUACUCGGUAUGGAGGAAGCCAUGGAACGCGACGCCACAGAGAUUGAUCAAGUUCGUCAAUUGAUAAAGAAAGACGCCGAUAAUGCUACUCUCAGUUUCCGCGCAAUUGAUAAUCAAAAAUUGCCAGCCCAAUAUCAGACCCCUGGCAUCUGGGCUACUAAAUCUACGAACAAUCCCAAUAGUGCGGCCAAUGACACUGAUGCCCAAGAUUUGGUGUCGUUUUUCUCCGCUACCGCCGAUGAAUUAGACGCCACUCUCAAGAAGUACCAGAACAAUUUCACUGAACUAGAAGCGCAUCUAAGGAGCCUAGAACAGAGUACAGCGCAACAGACCCAAGCCUUACUAGCGCGCAGAAAUGGAAGAGCGUAUCAACAAGAAAACCCGGUUCAAGAGUUGGGAUUGGCACUUGUAGAAUUUGAGCAGAGUAUUCUGCAAGUGGCUGGUAAGAUUGGCGCGAGUAGAGAAAGCAUUCAAGCAUUGCAACUUGGAAGUUUCACGGGUCCUGGGGAUAGGGAUAGAAGGGGCGAAACGCCGACAGGAUUUGGAAGCAGUGUUAAUGGAGCCAGUGUGAGGGGGAGAGGAGGUGUUUACUAAAGGAUGGGUGUAUAUAAAGUUGGGUAGGCCGGAGAAUCUGUUCCAAGAGAUUAGAAAUUGAUUCGGGUGGCGUCUGGGAGUUUGGGUUGCGAGGGCUAUGUACUCGUACUUCUGCGCAGCAUUCACGUCGACAUUUGCACGAGAAAAAUAACGUAAAGCAAAGUAUGAAUUGAUUGGAGAUACCAAAAAUGAAACCUAAUGUACUAUCUUCGAGUUGGAUCAAAUGUGUUAAACAUGUGAGAAUCGAGGUUGAUUAAAUCGAGAAUCAUGAGCAGUAAAGUGAUUGGCA